GUCUGAAGGAGCUUUCGUACUACCUCCUACCAUUAAUCUAUUGUUUUCUUGAAUACCUCUGGCUUGACACACAUUUCUCAAUUCAUUCAAUAGUGCUGUCCUUCCGAUCGAGAAUCAUGCUCAUCCGUCCAUUAUGCAAUCCGCACAUCCGUUUAUCAUGCAAUCCUCCACUUGGUCAAAGUACAACGCUUGCUCCAGGAAAGAAAUCCGUACGAUUUACUGUACUUGUUGAAAGCACCACAGACAAGUCCUUGAGUGUUGCCCUGUGGCAUAAUUCUGAGAGGAAAGAGAACUGGACAAGCGUGAAUUUGAAACCUAUCGAGCAGUCUCCUUCAGUAAUUACCGUCGACUCUCUUCCAAUAGAGAAUGCACAGCAGCAGUGGUUUGCGGGUGAUUUGAAUGGCAAUCCAAAAGACAAUGCAUCUAUCUCAUUCACUGUGACUUUUCGAGAAUCAGAAGAAGAGCCCUGGAAGUGGGUGAAUGAUCAAUUCUCGUCAUCGGAUGGUCACAUCUUUUAUCAAGCAGCUGGUUCUCCAGAUGACGAUCUGAGCAAAUACUUUGACGGAAUAUCGUCGUCGUUGCAGAUAAAGAAAGACCGCAGCGAUACCCCUGAUACCACGCUUUGGCAUGUCUCUGGUCCUGUUAGAGCAGCUUCUGGCAAGGCGUCGGGAUAUUCGACCAUUAAACUUGGGCGACCGACAUCUUAUUCGGGAUGGUUUGCUCUGGUGCGACUUUGGUCGCCCUGGUUGGCACCACGCCAGGGCCGUGGUGACUUUCGGCUUGACAAAGAAGCUGUCUUGACAGUCUUUCAGCGCCAGGACGGGACCCAUAUCGCUGUCCUCGCUAUAAGCGGAGUCGAUGAUGUCCUUACACUUCUCCAUCACGACGGAGACGGAAACGUUGUUAUCAAUGCCCGAAACGAUUCUGAGAACGACGGGGUCGCACAGCUUGUGCUGGCUGCUGGUAAUACACUGGAGGAUGUCGUCGCUGCCACAAUGUACUAUGCGCGCAGGAUUGUCUUGAAAUACGAAGCUUCUACGGGUCAACUCACCGAAGAGCUCAAGGCUUUGCAAGACGCUAUAAAGCCAGAGUGGCUGGAGAAUUGGUAUGACGGUCUGACUUACUGUACCUGGAAUGGACUAGGUCAAAAGCUUCGCGAGGAGAAAUUGUUCGAAGCUCUUGAUUCUCUCAAAGAGAACGGAAUCAACAUAACAUCCCUGAUCAUCGAUGACAACUGGCAAAACCUUAACCAUGAAGGCGGCAACCAGUUCAACAACGCGUGGUCUGAUUUUGAGGCCACCCCAGUUGGGUUUCCUCGUGGCUUAAAGGCAACUAUAUCAGACGUCCGCAACAAGCACAAGAAUAUCCAGCAUGUCGCCGUUUGGCAUGCUCUUUUUGGUUACUGGGGAGGCAUCGAUCCAAAAGGAAAGAUUGCGCAAGAGUACAAUACUGUCACUGUUCAAAAGAAGGACGGCGUCGCUGGAGGAAGGAUGCUUGUUGUUGCGCAAGAGGAUGUCAGACGCUUUUAUGAUGACUUCUACCGAUUUCUCAGCUCUGCCGGUAUCGACUCGGUCAAGACAGAUGCACAAUUCUUCCUUGACGAGCUAGAUGAUGCGCCAGACCGUCGCGCGUUGAUCUCUUCAUAUCAGGAUGCAUGGAACAUCGCCCAACUACGUCAUUUCUCUGCUAAGGCUAUAUCCUGCAUGUCUCAGACUCCACAACUCAUCUUCCACUCCCAGCUGCCAACCAAUAAGCCUCGCAUAUUGCUAAGGAACUCCGACGACUUCUUCCCUGAGGUCGCUGCAUCUCAUCCAUGGCACAUCUUCUGCAACGCCCACAAUGCCAUCCUGAAUCAACAUCUCAAUAUCCUACCAGACUGGGACAUGUUCCAAACAUCCCAUGAAUGGGCUUCUUUCCACGCUGCAGCUCGUUGCGUCUCAGGUGGACCUAUCUAUAUCACAGAUGUGCCCGGUAAACAUGAUGUUGAUCUGAUCAAUCAGAUGACUGGUAGGACAUUGCGCGGCAACACCGUCAUAUUGCGACCCCACACGGUCGGGAAAAGUCUCAAUGCAUACAACUCGUAUGAUGACCUCACCUUUCUCAAAGUGAGCACCUAUGUUGGCAUGGCCAAGACUGGCGUGAGCAUCCUUGGUUUGUUUAACUGCACCGCGCACCCGAUUUCCGAGUUGAUUGGAUUGGACCAAUUUCCCGGGGCAGAAGAGGGCACUUACGUUCUCCGGAGUCACAAGACAGGCAAGGUUACCCUACCUCGUGCCGCGAAGGACAAUUCCUCCUAUGCUCGUGUGGAUCUGCUAAAGCAGGGGUGGGAGAUCUUGUCGGCUUUCCCGGCGCAGACAUUCACACUAAAGCGAAGUCAUGAAGGAAAGGGCCCUGGGGAGGUUACGGUCGCCAAUCUAGGUCUUUUGGGCAAGAUGACUGGUGGUGCCGCAAUUGUGAAUACCGAUUCUUAUGUCGACCAAGAGUCGGGUAAGCUGAGGAUCUGGACGUCACUGAAGUCUUUAGGCACUUAUGGACUUUACAUCUCUGACCUCAAGCAGAGGUCGAUAGAGGAUGACUUUUUCGCCCUUGUGUUUGGUAGAGGCGUCGCAUCCCAUUGUGUGAAGAUCAAUGAGACAUGCGAGAAUGUUCUAGAGAUCGAUCUAGAUAGGGCCUGGGAAGAGAGUGGCUCCAAGGCUGACUGGAGCAACGAGAUAGCCAUUGAGGUAGUCAUUCGCUAGUAUCUUUACGCGUCUAUGUUCAGCAGACAGUUCAGAGAUACCAAGCUCGAGAUGAUUAUCCACUGAGUAUCUCCAUGUGGUACAGACUAUACCUUUAGGUAUGGCAACUUUCGACUGAGAGGAUUGACCUGGUCCACACACACUCAAAUUGGGAUAUUAUUGGACUCUAAUAAUUUGUCAAGGAGCCUUUCUCUUCAUGCACAAAUGGAUUGAAGGAGGUACUUUGAAAUUGAAAUUGCCUGCUAUGAAAUUCAAUGUACUAAAUCGUGCUUGCUUAAUGUGAC